CGAAGCGCAAUCCAUCGAGAGAAAUCCGGCCGCAUCGCCGCCACCUUCCUCCAGUAGAAAAGCACAAUCCAUCGCCGUCCGCCCCCUACGCUUUCCUUCUUCCGCAGUCAAUCCUAGUACUCCCUCCAGUCCGCCCCGCCGCCAGCAGAAUCCAUCUGCGCCGGAGCGCGCCGGUUGCUUUCGCCCGCCACCAGCCGCGCCCACCGCGACGGCGUCCGUCAUUGGCGAGGAGGAGGAGGAGGAAACCCCAGCACGGGCGCGGGUUCAUCGGCACCUCCACCACCCAUCGCACGCACGCGCGAUCCAUAUCAAGUCCACCGGAAUGAAGCGUGAAGGGCCUGCGCUGUCGUUUAGGCAGGAUGCAGUUGGGGACAUGGCCGGAGCAAUCUUCAUGUCCAACACCCUCACAAGGGAGCAAUGCUUCCAAGCGGGCAUUUUCGGCCUGCCGUCGGAGUACGAACCCUUUGUCCGGAAUGUUAGAGAAGGGAUGCCUUUGUUUCUCUUUGACCAUACUUUGCGCAAUCUUUAUGGAGUCUUUGAGGCUGCCUCCGACGGGGGCCUCAAUAUUAGCAAUGCUGCAUUUCGAUCAACACAACGCUCGUAUCCGGCACAGGUUCGCAUCAAUAUUAUAUGGAAGUGCAGGCCACUAAGUGAAGAUGAGUUUUCCCCUGCCAUAGAAGACAACUACUAUCUGCCAACAAAGUUCUACUUUGACCUUUCCUACGAGCAGGUUGUUCGGUUAUAUGAGUUGUUUGACAAGAGGAGGGUACAGCCCCCUAUUCAAGAAUAUUCAAAAAAUGAGAAUUUGGAAACAACCCGCUCUAGCAAAAGGGGGCAUGACAGAGAAAGCAUGACUCCAGAUGUUCCUCAUUCUAUUGAUCAAUCACGCCUUUUGGUUCCCAACAUUUCAGAAGUUGUAAGAAGAUAUUCUACUGCUACAAGCAUGCACACAGAUUUACCACUUAGUGUUGAGACACACCCAAACAUGUCCAAGCCCCUGGGAACAGAAAUUGGAGCCCAAAUUGCUUCUGCCCGCAGACACCAUGACCAGAUUGAAUUCCAAUCUCAGAGUGAGCUUUUCCCAGCUGCUGUUAUGACCGAUGCUGUUUCAACUCAAGUAUCUGCACCUUGCUCUCAAACUUCUAGGCCCUACCAUUUGGUUGCGAAGCAGCCAUAUCCAUUACCACAAGACUAUGCACAAAAUAUCUUGCGUUCUGGAUGUACAACUCAGGACCCAGCUGAAGGAGCUAAAUUUAUUGCAAAUCAGGCAUACCCAUUAUCUAGUGGUUAUUUGUACAGUGGCUCGUUAACUUCUGGAUAUGCAACUCUGAAUUCAACUUACAAUGGAAGGAAUCAUUUGAAUCCAUCUUUUGCUCCACAUGACUGUUCAUAUCCUGGUUUGUCUCUGUCAAAUCUACGAAGUAACUCUGACUAUCAAGUUCAUUGUGACAUUUGCCUUAACCAAGGACGCUCCAGGGCACAUAAUAGCGGCACAUAUGAAUGUGAGCGGCAGUGUUUCAGUGAAGGAGAAGCUCCAACGCCGGCAAAACUGAGCCUACAGUGUAUUCCCACAUACACUGAAGUUCUUGAACGUGAUGGAAAAACAGUACCAGCCAUUGAUCAGAAAAGGAAUUAUGCUGAUUACAUUCAGGUCCCUUACUGUGAUGUAGACUUUGCAAAUGAUAUUGUUGAUCCACGGCCUACACAGCAUAAUAUAAGAGCUGAAAACAACACAAAGAAUUGGUGUAGCCCUCCACAACGAAGUGUUUUUUCUCGCUUAACACUGAACAAGCAACUGUCUUGCCAAGAGUCCACAGGUCCUACGCUCAACCAAUUGGUUUCUUCUCUUUCUCAGAAGACAGAACAUUGGAGUCACAAGAAUAAACCAAUUGCAGAUGGUCUUGUUAUACAGUUGAUCGGGGAGAAGGCUAUGGACUGUUCUCAUAAAGAGCUGAACCUGCCAAGUCGACUAGAGCUGGGAGAAGAAAGCAUGGGACCACAAGUUCCUUUCUACAACUUUAGGAGGCGAAGUGAAGUGGGGAAGGCGGAUGCAAACUUGGGAAAGGAAAUCAGUGGGAAAGUGAAGAGAAGAAAGCUUGUGCGCCCUUCCUUCGAAGAAAACAAUGCUUCUACAAAUGUUGGAGAAGAGCUUAAAGGAAACUGUACAGAAGACAGGAAACAAAACCACCUGGACAUUUGUGGAAACCAUUUUGGCAUUGACCUUAACAUGCCGAUUCCUUCAGUAGAUAGUUAUCCUGUGGAGGAGGAUAACAGAAUGGCAGUGUGUCCUAGUGUUAUCAAGGUACUGCAUGAAAUAGAAACAAACAAGCUAAACUCAGAUGUGAUGGAGACAGCAAAAGAACAAGAUCCGUCCAGUACAUCCGCACAAAAGAUUUCAAUCGAUCUUAUUGUUGCUGAGUUGAAUUCAAUGGAUGAAUCGAAACUGCAAACAAUUCUUGAUCAGGCUUCCUUGUUGCUGCAAACACUCGGUGAGCUCAAAAGUGGGAAGCCUAACAACACUGAAGGGGCUAGGUCAAGCGUUUCCAGUGAAGACAGGAAAGUAAACAUGGCGUAAACUCUGAUGGGGGACGCCAAAUCUGGGUACAAUUUACGGUGACAACAAAAAAGGGUGGUGCCCAUCUUGAUUAGAAUAUCUAUGCUAGCACAAGAUUAAGUUUAUACGGGCAAUUAGUGCCCGUUAUGUAGUGGAGGUUUAUCUUUGCCAUGAAGUAAUUUUGGGGGAUAUGGCAUAUUUCUGGAAGGGUGACUGCUACUACAAUAACUACCACGUAUCAUAGAAGUUUAGGACUUAAAUUUGGCCAAAGACGAUGGCAUCCAUGUUACCAUGGAAUCCAGUUAAUAUGUAAAUUACUAUUCAUGUGAUGUCAUGAUAAGCCUGGGAUGUCGAAACAAGGUAACUGAUUGGCAGGCUGAUGCAGGUAGUCCUGGUAGCAGUCUUUGGUGUAUCUUCUGACGGCA